CUCGACGCCUGCGUGGUUCCGCCUAUCGAACACGCUUUCGCUGCCUGGACGUCGAGGCGACACCGUGAACGACACACAAUCCAGCUCUGGGAUCCUCUUCGUACGCGACCACUCCGCUUUUUCGGUCAACUCGGUCUCCUCUCGUGGAUCAUAGCUGGUGCCGGAUCGACCAGCGCAGUGCUUGGACUGGAUCUGGCUGGAGAAACCGGAUAAGGGGAAUUAAGGGAUAGUGUCGAAGCAGGAUUCGAGGAUUCGAGGGGAAGUCUGGAAAAACACGGAGAGCAUUCGAGGUGUUGAAGAGUUGACGUGUUUGAAUUCGACGUGUCAUACAAUACGAAGGAUCUAUCUGUAAUAAGGAGUUGACAAUUUGGAGAAGUUUGUGAUGAAAGUUGUUUGAGGUGUUCGGAAGAUUUGAUCGUUGUGGAGUUUUAUCUAUAUAAAGGAGGCUGGGUAAUUGGAAUUCGUCAUGUGAACGAUCGAGGGUUUUUUUUUUUAGAUUUGGAAGUGAUUUGAACAUGUUUGAACAAGUAUCGAUAGGUUUGGGUAGAGAAGAAUUCACGAAGGAAGAGUAACACCGGUGAUAAUGGAUCCUUGCCUUUUACGUUUACGUUGAUUGAACGUAAAUCACGAAAAAAGGGGAAUCUUCUUUUAACAAUCCCCUUAUAAACUGUCUGUUAUGAGUACUUGCCUCAAGGACAGGUUGAAGAAUCCCGUCAAUCAAAUCUUGGACGAAACGUUCUUGACAUUUCUCACGAAAAUUUACAAUGACUAUUAGAAAGGAAACGGUGUGCUAAUCAAAAACGAAACACAAUUCGCCAGUGUUUCCAAAUCCAAAGCAAAACGGCGAAAGGCAAACUGUAGAAAGCCUGAUGUUUUCAAAGUGUGACUAUUGAAUGAUCGAUUCAGAAGAGGAGGGAAAAAAAGCUGGUGCAAGUGUUGCAAAGGAGGGUAAAGGCAUAGAGUAAAGAUCUUUGUUGUGUUCAGUGAUCGAGGAGGAACAACCGUAAACGAAGUUUGACAAGGAGGGAGGAGAGGAUCCACGUUUCAGAUCGUGGAUCUUGCGAUCUCGCGGGAGGAGAAAGGUUCAGGGGGUCGAAGGUGAUCCGCGAGAGUGCGGAGGAAAUCGAGAAAGUGUUGUUCAGCCACGAGUCCAGGAUUCUCACCCCCGGAGGCGGUACCAUUUCGCCCGGGGGCGCGGGGCCGCCCGCGAGCCCUUCUUCGGGACACUACCAUCCACCCACGCAUAGUCCACCUUUGGUCAAGAUUGGAUCGGUUCACACUCACCAGGCGAACAAUAACCACCACCACACGCACCAUCAACAGCAACAGCAACAACAGCAGCAGCAGCAGCAGCAGCAACAGCAGCAGCAACAGCAGUCGAGCCAGCCGCAGGUGCCGGGGGCAGGAGGGGGUGGAGGGCCGGGGGGUGGGACGGUGGCCAGGCCUGGCGGCAUGUUCUGCUACCACUGCCCCCCGGGUCUUCCAACGCCACGGUUACCACCCACCCUCGAGUACCCAUUCGCCGCCACUCACCCCUAUACCAGUUACUCGGCUUAUCAUCCGGCUUUACACGGAGUCGGGGAGGAUUCCUUCGUGAGGCGAAAGCAAAGGAGGAACAGGACCACGUUCACUCUUCAGCAACUGGAAGAAUUGGAGUCAGCGUUUGCGCAGACACAUUAUCCGGAUGUCUUCACGAGGGAGGAUCUCGCGAUGAAGAUUAACCUCACCGAGGCCAGGGUUCAGGUAUGGUUUCAAAAUCGUAGAGCGAAGUGGAGGAAAAGCGAACGUUUGAAGGAGGAACAGAGGAAAAGAGAGGGUAGCGGAGGGGGUGGCGCGUUGGAAACGACAGGCCUCGCACCCCCAACGUCCUCAUCGGCAGGACCCAGUCCCACAGGACAUGAUCCUGAAGGAACGACAAGCAGCAGCGCCCCCGACGCGGAGGACGCCGGUCCAGAUGGAGCUGGGGGGUCGAGGAGCCCCAGCACCACUUCCGCCUCGGUCAGCCCGCGGCCCCAGCAGAGUCAGCCGUCCCUGGGUGGCGUCUCGACGCCACCUCCAACCCCCAUAAGGGCGCCACCGCCGCCACCCAGCACGGUCGGGGGUCUUGGCCCACCCGGCGAGAGCACACCAGGUUUGGCGGCGGGUUUCAGGCCGGUGGAGCCGCCCACGUCGCUCUUCUUCUCACCGCACUUGGCGGCGCAAUUCUCGCCCCCGUUGUUCGGCAACAAGGUGGUCAGCAGCGCGCCAACGUCCCUUACCUCGACGACGCCAUCCCUGUGGACAUCGAGCGAUCACCGGCCUGGAAGCUUGCAGGACAUGCUGUCCUGGUCACCGGCCGGUUGGCCGGGUUCCCUGUGCGGCUGUUGCAAGCCUGGGACCGGGGAUCUUCACAGGAACAGCAGCCUGGCCGAGCUGAGGAGGAAGGCCCAGGAACACUCGACCGCCUCCGCCCUCCUCGGUGGGUUGGCCGGUUUCCCAGGUGGUCUGCCGUUGCCCUUGCCCCUACCGUUGCUUCCACCCCUGCUUGGACUGUCCAGGAGGCCGGAACAUCAUCAUCAUCAUUUGCCAAGCAUGGUUCACCAGAUACAACCGAGCACGAAGGAGGAUCCCUAGGAUCUUGUGCGGCCCUCGUCCGACGAGCUCGAUAUCGUCGCCCCUUGACACCGGCCAUGCUCUCGAGACGGCGGUUCAUAUUUCUUCCUUGUUCUCGCGGUCCCCCUUUUGUCAUUCCGGGAUGAUGACGAUGGCGACGUUACGGUCGGAUUAUUGUACGAUUCUCGAGGGUGGUCGGGCGAGUUCGCAGGCUUCUUUCCAAGUUUCGAGAUCGCGUUUAUCCCUGUGCCUCUUGCUUCCCCUUUGAUUUUGUUUAAGAAUGACAAUAUUAAGGAAACGGUUGGAUCUUUGAGGGAACUCGUUGAAGAUCGUUAUUGAUUUUGAGAAUAAUUCCUUCUUUCUUUUGAACCGAAGAACAAUUUGCUGGGUAAGUUUUAAAGAGUUUUAUCUUUCUUCCGGAUUUGUAAUUAGAGAUUAAAAUUUAAAGAAUAUUAUAAAUCAUAUAAAAAAAAAAAUAGAUAGUAGUGCAGGCUGUUAUGAAGAGAAUGUGAAAUUGAAAAUGCAAUAUUGAAAUGUGCCUCCCCUUUAAUUAGAUUUUUAAUAGAUUGACAAUUGAAUGAAAUUUAAAUAUGAAAGUUUAUGCACUAUAUAUGUAUAUAUAUAUGUGUGUGUGUAUAUAUACGUAUUUGAUUUGUUAUUUUCAACGUAUCUUUUAAACUGCUCACCUGUACGUGUCUCUGUUUUAACUUAACUUCUAAUUUUGAGAUUUUAUUCUCUAUCGAAGGUAAAGAUCGUAAAAUAUUUUCUAACCGUGCCAGAAAUAUUGCAAUUCUUAAACGCCAUGACCGUUCUUUUUUUUUUUUAUGAUGAAUUUUUCUUCAAACUUGUUUUCCGCUUUUAUUUCACGAAUAAACUUUUCUUUUCCUUUUUUCAAUCGAAAGGGAAUCAUUUUCUUUCGAAAACUACUUACCGUUCAAUUAAAAGUUAAAAUCAAAUAAUGAAACCAGUUUUGAGAAAUAAUCUAUUUCCACUACGAUUCGCCAAUAACAGCUCGUUGAAAGUACAAUAAAAGCUUUUAAAACUUUUUAAGCCUCGAAUCUUGUUCCGUUAUCGAAUAAAUAUAUACAUAUAAAGAUACAAAUCCAAUGACACAAUAAAUCUAAAAUUUACGUCCACGAUGAAAAAUCGAACUUGCACGUUUCGGGUUGAUUCUUUUUCAACCUGGAAUCAUUCUUUCAUCAAAUCGAAAAAGAAUAUUUUCCAAGUCUUUUUUCGCGCCAUCGAUCGAAAAAUGAAUCGUUAAUUUUGAACGUCAAUUAAAAUUUCCAAAUUUCUUUUCUCUUCCUUUUCUUCCCUUCCCCCCUCCCCCUCUCUUCCCUCACGAAUGCAUAUUUGCCUUAACGAAAAACCAUGAAAGUCUAUCGAUUCAACGAAUAUCGGAAAAUAGAAUUCUGAAAUCUGUAAAUAAUUCACGGAAUAAAAAAAGAUCGCAGUGGAUUGUUAUAUAAUACGAAUGAAGGUGUAAACUGUGUACGAGAGAUCGAUCUACGUUAGAGCAACUGCAAUAUCGCUUCUCUGGAUUCACGAAAAGUUAAGCAUCACAAGGACCAACACGUGCCUGAUGCGCUCUAAUGCUUAAUUGCCCGACAAGCGAAAUUGGAUGUUUUUAGGAACGCUCGUAUAUCCGGACAACGGCCAGAAUUUAGAUAAUUUUUAAUUUAUUUAUAUAGCUCGAGGGUAAAACGGAUAUCCGUAUUUCCAUUUCGAUGAAAUAAAAUACCCGAUUUGGAUGGAAUUUUAUAGACAAGUAUUUGUUGGAUAAGGAUAAUUAAAAAGAUUUUAUAAUUUUGCUACUUGAUACGAUUAAUUAAUUGCAAAAAAUAAAUAAAUAAAUCGUCUCGUUCAUUUUAACGAAUCUAACUAUUUCGACUCGUUAAAGUGAAAAUAUAUAUAUAUAUAUAUAUACAAAAUUAACUCGACGAAGAGAAAAGAACAAAGUAUUUUUAUCAUGACUCAAAAAAAAAAGAAGAAGAAGAAGAAGAGAUAAAACGAUUCAUAGGCUACGAUCCAAUAGCGAUGUUCGAUACACGAGAUAAUUUAUAUUACGUGAUAGGAUAAUUUCUAUUAUCACCCUUAAAUCGAGUCUAUGACAAUUUUCUUGAAUUAUAUGAUUACUCUAUCGCAUUAUUCAAAUAAUACGGAUAUCCGUAUUAUCCGAGUAACACGGAUAUCCGCUUUACUCGCGCGGCACAAGCACGCGCCGGUUGAAAUAAUGUUUCUAUCACUGGACGAGGGAAAAAAAAAAAAAAAAAAAAAAAUGGAAGAAGAGAAAAGAAAAGGAAAGAAAAGGAAAAUAAAAAUAGAGAGAUGUGACAAAUUACUGUCGCAUCGGAUAUUCGAAUGCGUGGAUGCUCGUCACCCUCACAUCCCUCUGAGAGGGGACGCUCAUUGUUACACGGUAUUAAUUUUUCAAGGAAAACUUUGCAAAAAGUUUUUCCUAAUCCUUUUAGCAAAGGAUGGAAGAUAAAAUCUUUAAUCUCGCUAAUUAUCGUUUCGUAAAGGGGAAUAAAGAUAGAAGGAUCGAGCGAUAGAAGGAAUGACAAAGUGCGAUAAUACAAAAAUGGAGGGAACGGUAUGUUAAAUAUUUAAAUAUUAUAAUUCGUUCGGGAGAAAAUAAUUGAAUUCUAGUUCUAAUUCGACGCGAUUUAACAAUUUUUGAGUGAACAGAAAAAGAAAAACUAAGGGUGUCGAGCGUCCGUUUAAGAAGAUAGACACGUAUUAAUCGACGAUUAAAAAAAUACAUGCCUUAAAAAAAAAAAAAUAAUAAUUUCCAACAGCGUGACAGUAUAAUUUUAGAGAAGCGAGGAGAAGUAACUGUACUGUGCACGAGUGUUGUCAAUCGUAGAGAGGAGGAGUGGCGAUAUAAAAUGUGAUUAUAAAUAAUAGUAUCUCGACAAUCUCUACGAUUCGUGCUCGUGAUUGAUUAACGAUCGUUGUUUCGUUUGCGUUGCGAUUUUCGACGCGCUCGAAUUUGUUCUUAUGGAUUACGAAAGCGUGGUAUAACGAACGAAAAAGAAAAAAAGAAAAAAAAGAAAAAAAAAGACACGUAGAUACUAGUAGAGACCUGUAUAUUAAAUCCCGGUGAAUUGUCAGUGCUAAUCAAGGAUAAUCUAAUAAACAAUAUGUUACAAACUAGCAACUAUUAUGUAGCCUGAAAUGUGGGUAGUGAAUUAUUCGAAUAAACUUGUUCUCUCGUGAUAAAA